AUCCUCUCUAGUUUACACUGUUUCUCUAUUAUUUCAGAAUUCCAGAUUUCAUGGCAUUAAAGGAUGUUUUUACUCUGAAUUUAUCGAACGUUUACCAAGCUUAAAGGAAAAAUUUACACGGAAUGAACAUGGCCCUGUUUGUAUAAACCUUUGGUAGAAUUACUGCGAAAUAUUUCAUCUUGCUUGAGGGUAUUUAGUAUAACUUCUCUACAUCGCUGUCUGGAAUGUGCUGAGGGUGUGAUAUUCUGAUCUCGUUAAACUUAGAUAAUGAAGGAGCUUGCAGAAUCAUCAGAUAUUGACUAAGCUGACAUUUCAUGAAGACAGGACAGAAUCACAGUUCGUUAGGAAUGAAAUAGAAAAACGAAGAAUGGUGAAAGAUUUGUAUAUUGUGAUGACAGAAAGAAAAUGAUGGGCAGUGAAUUAUGUGAGGGCAGUGUUCAAUGUAAAAUGGAAUCCAAAAGGAUUAAUUUUCAUGAUGAAAUGCCAGGAGAUGUAGGAAACGUAUAUCCCUGUGAUAUCUGCAAAAAGUUAAAUUCUCAUGAAGAUAGCCUUAUUACAGACGAAUGUACACAUACAGGAGAGGAGCCAUAUGACUGCAAAAUCUGUGGUGAAUCAUUUUCUCAAAAUGACCACUUGACCAUUCACAGCCGUAUUCAUGGUGGCGAGAAACCAUAUCAGUGCAACAUCUGUGGUAAAUCGUUCUCUUGUGCGAGUGCUUUAUCUAAACACAGACCCAUUCACUUAGAAGAGAAACUACAUGACUGUGACAUUUGUGGUAAGUCGUUCGUUUACACGAGGUCUUUAAAAGUUCACCUUCGUACUCAUACGGGUGAAAAACCAUAUUGCUGUGAUGUUUGUGGUCAAUCAUUCUCUCAAAGCGGUAGCUUACUUGGACACAAACGCACUCAUACAGGAGAGAGGCCAUACCAUUGUGAAAUUUGCGGUAAAUCGUUCUUUCGCAAUUAUCACUUAACUCAACACAAGUAUGUUCAUACAGGAGAGAAACGACAUAAUUGCGAUAUCUGUGGUAAAUCAUUCUCUCGUAAUGAAAAUUUAGCAGCACACAAACGUACUCAUACAGGAGAGAAACCAUAUCGCUGUUAUAUCUGUGGUAAAUCAUUCUCUAAAAAUAAUCAUUUAACUACACACAGACGUAUUCAUAUGGGAGAGAGGCCAUAUCGCUGUGAAAUCUGUGGUGAAUCAUUCUCUUGUCAUGUUAAUUUAACUCGACACAACCGUAUUCAUACAGGAGAGAAACGAUAUCACUGUGAUAUCUGUGGUAAAUCCUUCUCUGAAAAUUAUCAUUUAACUAGACACAAACUCAUUCAUACAGGAGAGAAGCCCUAUCGCUGUGAAAUCUGUGGUAAAUCAUUCACUCGUGAUACUAGUUUAACUGCACACAAAAGUACUCAUACAGGAGAGAAACCAUAUCACUGUGAUAUCUGUGGUAAAUCAUUCUCUAGAAAUUAUCAUUUAACUAGACACAGAUUUAUUCAUAUGAGCGAGAAGCCCUAUCGCUGUGAAAUCUGUGGUAAAUCAUUCAUUCGUGAUACUAGUUUAACU